AUGAACAACCAGAGUCGUGAGGAGAAUAAUUCAAACAACCCUCGUUUCACCUCCUCCCAUCAUCCAUUCCUUCAACCUAUAUUCCCACCAAAUCCCAAUCUUUUCACUCAAUUAUAUCCAAUCAUUCCACCAUUUCCUCCAAGAAUUUCAGAGCAAACAUCAACAAAGGACCAAGAAUCACCCAAGUUGGAACAUGUUGACAAGUCAUCGGUUACCAAUAUCAACCCCAUCAAAUCACCCAAUCCUACCAGAGAAAUUGAAAAAGCCUUUCAAAAUUCAAAGAGAGUCUUGGCGAUAAAGAAGCAACUACAAAUGAUAUACAAGCAUCCUUAUCAAAAACGUUCCAUGAUGGAACGUAUUGAUAAAUGGUGUAAAUUGAAAGGCGUUGGUGGUUUUGAUGGUUUCUCUAUCCCUCCAUACAUACCAAUGGCGCAAAUUAAAUUUUCGCCAUGUGAACAUAUUUUGAGUAAUCAUUAUAAGUGUGAGGAAGAAAGAGCAAAGAAGAAGAUUGCUUUUCAUUGGCAGAGAUUGGAAGUAUUGAAAGACGUAUCUACUGUUGAUAAAUUUGGAGACUUAUUAAGGACUGCUUAUUUGGAGCGUGGAAUUAGUAUUGAAUCUCUCUCUCGAUCAAGGAAAAGCAUACGCAACCCAAAAACAUUACAUGUUAUUAUUUUUAAAAUAAUUCAAUAUGGAAUGGAGUAA